UUAUUCAUACGAAUUAGAAUUCAAUCCGAAGGGGUUAAGGAAAGGCUUCGAUUUAAUUACCUUUUAGUUCAGCACUCGGUGUCAUCGCGAUUGGUUCGAAAGCCCAUCAGUUUCAAACAACAUACCGUACUCGUCAGUUGAAAACAUUGAAAGUGCAGUGAAAAAGUGUAUUAUGAGCCGUUGUCAGAAAUCUAACGAUUGUUCCGGUUCUAACCGAUUAUGUACAGAAAAUUCUCCACUGAGCAUCGACAGUGGUAACCCAUUAUAUCAUGACGUGUAUCGACGAUCGAUAGAAGAGCCUCAAGCAUUCUGGGGAGAACUCGCAGAGCAACUGAUUGAUUGGGAUAAACCAUGGGACAGUGUAAUCGAUGAUAGUAAUCGACCAUUCACAAAAUGGUACGUCGGAGGUCAGCUUAACGCUUGCUAUAACGCUUUGGACCGUCAUGUACAAAACAACAAAGGUAAUAAGAUCGCACUUAUCCACGAUAGCCCCAUGACAAAUACCAUACGCCGAGUAACAUACAAUGAACUUUAUGAAAAGGUUUCUAGGCUAGCUGGCGGUUUGAAGAAAUUAGGCGUUAAAAAAGGAGACAGAGUCGUGAUAUAUAUGCCAUUGAUACCUGAAGCAAUCAUGGCAAUGCUAGCUACAGUUAGACUUGGUGCAAUACAUUCUGUGGUAUUUGGAGGAUUCGCUGCUAGUGAACUUUGUACACGCAUUGAACACGCCGAACCAAAGGUUAUAAUAGCUACAAAUUGUGGAAUAGAGCCAAAUAAAAUAAUCCAUUACCUGGAUAUUCUUCAUGAAGCCGUUGAAAUGUCGAAGUGGAAACCACGCACAAAUGUAAUAUUUCAGCGUACGAAUAUUUUGGUUUCUGACUUGGAUAAACGAAUGGACGUAACCUGGGAGUCUACACUAGACGAACCUACGGGGUGUGUUCCAGUGGAAGCAAACGACCCAUUGUAUAUUUUGUACACUUCUGGCACAACUGAUAAGCCGAAAGGAAUCACUCGUCCUACUGGUGGUCAUCUGGUAACGCUAAUGUAUACUAUGGAUACUAUAUAUGGCAUUCAACCGGAUGAUGUAUGGUGGAAUGCAUCGGAUUUGGGUUGGGUAGUCGGCCAUUCGUACAUAUGUUACGGCCCAUUACUUUAUGGUGCUACUAGCGUAAUGUACGAAGGGAAACCGGACCGGACACCAGAUCCUGGUCAAUAUUUUCGCCUGAUCGAUCAGCAUAAAGUUACUGCACUUUUCUCCGUUCCAACCUCAUUCCGAGUGCUGCGACGAACUGACCCAGAUGUGAAAUUCGGGAAAAAAUAUAAUAUGAAAUCACUUCGCACCAUAUUCAUUGCCGGUGAACAUUGCGAUUCGGAAACAAAGAUGUGGAUUGAGAAAACCUUCAAAGUGCCGGUGUUGAACAAUUGGUGGCAGACUGAAACAGGAUCAGCCAUGACAGCAACGUGCGUUGGACUUGCGCAAAAUCUAAAUCCUCCAAAUUUUACUACGGGUCUGCCAUUCUGUGGAUAUGACAUCAGAGUGUUACAUCCAGAUGGAACUGAAGCUGAUUCUAAUGAAUUGGGUCGUCUAGUAGUGAAACUGCCACUUCCACCAGGGACCAUGUCUACCCUUUAUAAGAACGCAGAAUUAUUCGAAAAUCUGUAUUUCCAGAAAUAUCCUGGAUUCUACGACACUAUGGAUGCGGGAUACAAGGACAAGAAAGGUUACGUUUUUGUUACCGCCCGAGAUGACGACGUAAUAAAUGUAGCUGGUCAUAGGAUAUCAACGUCGAGCUUGGAAGAUGCAGUAUUGAGGCAUCCCGAUAUAGCUGAUUCUGCUGUUUUUGGGGUGCCAGAGCCAACAAAAGGACAAAUCCCACUAUGCCUUUACGUUAUUAAGGAGGGAGUGAGUAAAGCUACUGCCAAACUUUCAGUAGAGCUUAUUACAUUGAUACGAGAAGUGAUUGGCCCCAUUGCAGCCUUUCGGUUGGUGGGCAGAGUUGAUGGUCUUCCAAGGACCAGAUCAGGGAAAACAAUGCGAAAGGCUAUGGCGGACUUUGCUGCCAAUAAAACAGUGAUUUUACCUGCAACAAUUGAGGAUGUUGAAGUUUUUGAGGACAUUAGACGAGCAUUACAAGAACUAGGUUACGCUAUGAAUGCCCCAAUGCCAGUUGUUGGCAAUAAAAAAUAGGAAUAUUAUUUACCAUUUAAUGAUUUGGCUUAUAAAUUUUUUACUUUCUUGAACGAUUAUAACAAAUAAAUGUUAAGGAAUUAUGUAUUAAAUAAUAAGUAAUGAUGUAUUUAAAUAAAAUAUUUAUAAUUGAAUAUGUUAUAUGGCCUGCCUGAUAUUUAUCUCUACAGUUGGUAGAACAAAUUUAUCGAUAAUAAACCGUUGGAAAAAGCCACUCUUGAAAUAGUUCCUAAAUUUCUUUUAUCGACAAUUUGGAAACAACACACACAACCAGCGGAAAUUAGUUUACAGUUCUUUUUUUGUUUAGGAAAUAUUACGCUCCUUCUCCCGUAGGCAUAAAACCUCUAUUUUUUUUGUAUAUCAACAGUUCACAACCAAAUGAUACAUACAUGAUAACCUUAAAACUAAAAAUUGAUGACAAACACUAGAUUUUACAAUACAAUCUUAAUACAUUAUUACUACGUCUAACAUAACAAAAGGCUCAACUUA